UCUAUUUGAUCCGUCUCACGGUGACGGGCACGGACUUGUUCGCAACUUGCAUCGAAGGAGCACUGGGAGGAUAGAGUUACAGCCUUACAGGGAGAGAGCGUCUUCGAUUUCUCGACCUCUUUUGCUUCUCUCUCUCUCUCUCUCUCUCUCUCUCUCACGCACAGAUGUCUCAGCCACUCUGCGACUGAAGAAGAAAAGCCCUUCGAAGUAGAGACGUGUGUGGGAGAUAAUGGCUUCAUUUUGCAGCUCCGCCCCACACUUUCACUCUCUCAUUCUUCCUUGGUCUGCUACGUCUAAGCCCUACCCUUUCUCCUCCCUGAGAAUUCCUGGAUUUGUCCCAACAUCAUCUGCAAUUUUCCUCACCUUGCCAUUAAAGACGCACCCUUCCCGCGCCCUGAAGACCAACGACGAGACCAACGACCCUGCGCUGCUUCGGAAGCCCUCAAUCGCCUCCGUGGAUGCCAAGAGCCUUGUGAAUAAAGGUAGCUUCUUGGGGAUUGCCAAUCCUGGCGACGACGAACGGAUUGAGGAGGGGUCGGAGGGUUGCAGGAGCGGUGGUGAUUCGAGGUGGGUGAACUGGGAAGACCGGAUUCUGGAGGAUACCGUUCCUCUCGUCGGCUUCGUGAGGAUGGUUCUUCACUCUGGCAAAUAUCAGAGUGGUGACAGACUAAGCAUGGAGCAUGAGAAAAAAAUUAUUGAGAGGCUGCUUCCCUACCACCCGGAGGUUGAAAAAAAGAUCGGGUGUGGAAUUGAUUUCAUAACGAUCGGCUUUCAUCCUGACUUCGAGAAUUCCCGUUGUUUGUUCAUAGUGCGAAAGGAUGGCCUGGCUGUGGACUUUUCAUUUUGGAAAUGCAUUAAAGGAUUUAUUAGAAAGAAAUACCCACUUUAUGCUGAUAGCUUCAUCAUCAGACACUUCCGACAUCGUAGACGAAGUGAUUAGUAACAGCAUUUUGUUCAUGUUUUGGAAAGUUAUUUCCAUGAUAGCCUAUUGUGCUUCAAGGUGCGUUAACAUCAUAGGAGGAAAAUAAUUCAUCGUUGUUGUUCUUAGCACCAUGUAGAUUUUACGGCUGUAAUUCACUUUUUGAUCAAUGUAGUGUCUUUCUCAGUAAGAAAGAAGCAAUCGCCCUCCAAGAUGUACUGCCCUUGUCAAUAAGCAUGAUGAUGAAAGCAGCCUCGGUACUAAGAGGAUGGAACUGUAUGCAACCAAAUCGUUCUGCUUGAGCUCCGAAACUUUAGCAGUUUGAUGUGGUUGCUUUCAUGUAUUUUUCUGUAUCAGUGGUCGUUUGGUGGUUCGGGUUUUCUGCAUCUGCAUAGAGCUGGAAUUGUAUGCAUUUAUAAUAUUUGGUAUAAUAUAAGCAUUUGCUAA